AUGGUGGGCAGCGUGUGGGCAGCUCUGGGGCUUUCCCUAACCUGCAUCUCAGCCCUCAGCCUCAUCUCUCCUGCCUGGUUCCAGACCACCACCUUCUCCUUUGGUGUCCUCACCUACUGCUCCUGGCCUCAGGGUAACAGCUGGAACCAGAGCUGUGGGACCUUCAGGUCCCUGGAUGAUAUUCCUGACUUUGCCUGGAAGGUCUCAGCUGUGACGCUCCUUGGAGGCUGGCUCCUAUUGGUCUUCAAUGCAAUUCUCUUCCUGUCCUGGGCCUUAGCCCCCAAAGGGCUGUGCCCAAGGAGGGGCAGUGGCCCAAUGCCAGGGCUGCAGGCAACAGCAGCCAUCACCACCAUUGUGGGCCUGCUGGUUUUCCCGAUCAGCUUGGCCUCCCCAUUUGCCAAGGAAGCCUGCUUAGCCUCCUCUGUGUCCCACAGUGGUCAGUGCCGGCUGGGCUGGGGCUAUGUGACUGCCAUCUUCCAUGCAGUCCUGGCCAGCCUCCUGCCCAUGUUCAGGUGGCUCCAUGUGGCCGAGGUCCAGCGGAGGACCAUCCUCUUCUCCAGUGACACUGACAGCAUCAUCCUCGUGCCAGAAAUGAGCAAAUAA